AUGUGUGUUGCAGUUGACGAGUCGCCCAAAAAUUUUCGGGGUCCUAGUCGGGGUGCCACGUGGUUCAGGUCCAAGGAAGGUUCAAACAGUUAUAGAUCGAUGGAAGAGGACACAAUCAUUCAGCAGGCUCAGCUUGUCCCCCCUUCUAUUCAUGUCUACGCCCUACUAUGGCCCAGACGAGUCGGCGUACGAUAUUUUCCUGGAGCGAACAUUUUUGGCGGGGGAUGUGAUUUCUGGAACGGGAUACGGUUAGCACACGCAAUAUCCUUGUCUUUCCAGCUCACAACUGUCAUAGGCAUCCAAGUCGUCCUCUUUGUAUCCUGUGCGAGCAUUCUCUACUCGCAGUACUCCCGCUCCCUGCGUUCCUCCUCUUCCUUCUUAAUCAAGGGGGACACAAGAGCCCUGUCCCUUCUCCUCUACAUAACCCUCCUGUUCGUCAUCGAAUCGAUUUAUACCGCAGUCCAAGCACGCACUGUGCAAUUGAUGUAUAUCGAUAACCGAAAUUACCCUGGGGGACCGUGGGCUUACUUCCUUGCGAUGCAAAACCUCCCGGUUAACGUGAAUCGUCACGUGAUGUUCUACGCUACGCUGUUCGUGUUGACGUUUCUCUCAGAUUUUCGUGUACCCCACUUUAGUAUGAGAACGAACGGUGACACUGUCAUUCGGAUGUGCUUGAUCAAGGGGACGACUUGGAUCAAGGUUACAGCAAUUCAUGGCAAUGCUUAG